UAUUAUUUAAUUUUUAUUACAAAAUGUCAGAAACAUAAAAUCAAUAAGAGAAUAAUCAAGGAGAGUAGAAACAAGAAAAUUAAUAAUAAAAUAACAAUGGAGAAUAAACUUAAUAAAAUCAACAAAGCUAAGAGAAUAAAAAUGAAUAAAAAGAGGAAUAAUAAGUUUAAUAAUAAGGAGAGUAAUCAUAAUAAAAUGAAUAAGAGAUGAUGGAAUAGAAAAAAGAAAAAGGUUAUAUUUUUAUUUUAUUUAAAAAUAGGUCCAUAUGAUAUUGAUGAAGCUGAUCUAACACCAAGAUUUGUGAGAGCAAUGUAAGUACUUGGGUAUACAUAUUAAGAUUUACAAAAAAAAUAUAGAAAAGAUGUAAUUUAAAUCAUAAAAACAAAAGGUAUAUAUAAUUUAGUAAAUGUAGAUCCUUUGGGAAAUAAAAUAAAUUAAGAAUUGAUAGAUGCAUUAUCUAAUCAUUUAGAACAUUCAAGAAAAUAGAAGAUAGAUGAAAUAAAAAAAGAAAUAUAGUACAUUCCUAUUCCUGAAUAGAAAUAAUAGUAGUCAGUANUAAGAAGCUGAAAUCUAAGCUUAAAUUGAUUAUUAAAACUUAUUGGCUCAAUUUGCUGAUUAAAGAAAGAACUUGUAAAUUAUUAAUUUUAUUAUUCUUAUAGCUAAAAUGCUUUGAAAGAUAAUGAAGCUAAAUUAACUUAAACUUAAAAUGCUUUGGGAGCAUAAAAGAAGAGAAAAGAAGAUGCUGGUAGAGAAUUAGCAACUGCCACUGCUGGAAAAACUUAAAAAGAAAAUGAUUGUGAAGCCCUUAGAACUUAAUAUGCUAGAGAUAGUGAAUAAAGAACCAAGGAAGUAGGAAUCAUUAGAUAAGUUGAAGAAAUUUUGGCUACUAAAUUAGAAGGUGCCUCAGGAUACUUAAAGAACAGAAUAAAUUGAUUUGUUUUUAUUCAAAUAAUAAUUCUAAAAAAAGAUUCAUG